GGGGCAUGCAGACAUUGCCUCCUUUGCUUUUUUUUCUGUUGUCAGGGUGGAAAACGUGGAUGAGCUCUCUUCGCCGUGCGAUUACAACGAGCAAAACUGCCGGCCGCCGCCCAGAUAACGCUAGCGGCCAGUACCUCGCCGGCCUCGGCCUCGAUCUGAUUGGGCCAGAAACCCCACAACCACAGCGGCUCUGCCACGGAACCACAAACACCUCCAGGGCUGGGCCAGGUCGAGUUGCACGUGGCGCGCACGCCUGAGCGACAUGGACAUCUCGCAAUGAUGGACAUCGGAAUAGCUUAGUGAUUUCGAGGGGCAUGUGCGUAAAUUUGAAAUGUCCGUUGCCUGUCUGGCC